GGGCAAUUUUGUAAAGUUAGGACAUUCUUGACAACAGCGGUUGAAACCUCUCUCAAACCCUCUCUGUCAGCCAACCCGCCGCCGCCGCCCGCCCCCACCCCCCAAUGGCGGCGGCCCUCUUCCGCUCCAUCUCCUUCCUCCGCUCUUUCCGCUACCUGUCCACCGCUGCCGAGGGCGUUUCCGCAGCAGGACCUCUUUUGUGGAGCCACACCGACGUUGAAUCCUGUGCGCCAUCGUCGAUCGUGCAGGUCCUCUCGUGGGGCCGCGGCAGUUCCGGCCAGCUUGGCGGCGGAAAGGAGGAGGUCCGCUUCUAUCCGUCCCCCGUGGCCACUCUCCGUCUUCCUUCCAACUUCCACCUCGCACCUAUCCAAGGCUGCCUUCCUUCACAGAGCAGCUCCGACCCUGACGCCAACGUCGAAGUGGGGAUCUCGUGCGGGCUCUUCCAUUCCGCAUUGCUCGUUGAUGGGAAGUUUUGGAUUUGGGGGAAGGGCGACGGUGGGAGACUCGGCUUCGGCGAUGAGAUAUCUCUGUUCGUACCUUCCUUGAACCCUAACCUCGAAGAUGUUCGGAGUAUUGCCCUUGGAGGGAUCCAUUCCACCGCCCUUACACGGUCUGGAGAGGUCUUCACGUGGGGUUAUGGUGGGUUUGGAGCUCUUGGGCAUUCAGUCUAUCAUAGUGAAUUGCUUCCGAGACUCAUAAAAGCUCCUUGGACAGAAAAAAUAUCUCAUCUUGCUACUAGUGGAGCCCAUACGGCAGCUAUUACUAGUUCAGGUGAGCUUUUUACUUGGGGCCGUGAUGAAGGAGAAGGUAGGCUAGGCCUUGGAAGCGGUGGAGGUCCUGGUGAAGCUGGUUCUCUUAGCAUUCCUUCUAGAGUAAACGCACUGCCUGUCCCUGUUGCAGCGGUUUGCUGUGGUGGUUUUUUCACAAUGGCACUUACUUCAGAUGGUCAUAUAUGGAACUGGGGAGCAAAUUCAAAUUGUGAGCUUGGUAGAGGAAAUAACUUAAGUGAUUGGAGACCACAUCCUAUUCCAGGCAUUGACGAACAUCAAAUAGUUCAGAUAGCAGCUGGUGGUUACCAUUCUUUAGCGUUGACAGACACUGGGAAAGUUCUUUCAUGGGGUUAUGGUGGUCACAGUCAGUUGGGCCAUCCCUCUGUUCAGAAUCAGAAAGUACCACUUGUUAUCGAGGCUUUGGCCGAUGAGCACGUAGUCCAGAUUGCAUGCGGAGGGUCAUCCUCAGCUGCUAUUACAGAUAAAGGGAAAUUGUACAUGUGGGGAAACGCAAGGGAUUGCCAAUUGGGCAUUCCAGGCCUCCCAGAAGUGCAGCCGGUGCCCGUGGAAGUGAAGUUCCUGAUGGAGGAUGAGGCAUUGGGCCCACACCAUGCGAUAUCAGUUGCAAUCGGUGCAUCUCAUGCAAUGUGCUUAGUUUUGCGGCAAAACUCCAGCAUCACAGAUAAAAGCUUGCUGCAUUGAAAGCUGGUGAUGCAAGUGUCAAAGCUGAAUAUCUUACUCAUCAGCUACGUGAAGCACAUUUAUGGUGGACUAUUAGAGAGGAAGCCUCUGGUACUUUUUUUUUUUUUUUUUUUCUAUCUUUUCAUUUUUGUUUUCUUUUUCAGAAAAUAAUAACCAUUUAUAUACUUUUUUAUAUCUGCUAUAAGUGGUCAGUUUAUUUUAUAUCUGAUGGUGAAUGACUUUGUUGCAAUGGAAUG